UCUCAAUUGUCAGCCAAAUCACUUGGUAGUGUGCAUGGAAGAGAGAGAGAAAUGAAUCUCGUAUUUGAGUUCCUCUGGAUUUUAGCUGUCAUAAUCUACUCCUACGUGGAGGCUUUGGUGAAACUUUUUAUUCCUGUGAAAAGAAAAUCUGUCUGUGGUGAGAUUGUGCUUAUCACUGGAGCUGCACAUGGGAUCGGAAGACUCACAGCCUACGAAUUCGCCAAACGCCAAAGCAAAUUGGUUCUUUGGGAUCUCAACAAGCAUGGCAUUGAGGAAACUGCUGAAGGGUGCAAAAGGCUUGGAGCUGAAGCACAUGCCUUUGUGGUGGACUGCAGCCUCAAGGAAGAAAUCUACAGUGCUGCAGAGAAGGUGAAAAGAGACAUAGGAGACGUCAGCAUCUUAGUGAAUAAUGCCGGAGUGGUGGCAACAGCAGAUUUACUUUCCACCCAGGACAAGCAGAUACAGAAAACCUUUGAGGUCAACAUUCUUGCUCAUCACUGGACAACAAAAGCAUUCCUGCCAGCAAUGAUGGAAAAUAACCACGGCCAUAUUGUCACGGUUGCAUCCGCUGGUGGACACGUGGCAGUCCCUUUCCUGGUGUCUUACUGUUCAAGCAAGUUUGCCGCUGUUGGAUUUCAUAAAGGUCUGACUCAAGAAUUGGCUGCGUUGGGAAAGGACGGGGUCAAAACCUCAUGCCUUUGUCCAGUUUUUAUAAACACUGGUUUCAUAAAACAUCCAAGUUCAAGGAUACUGCCUCUUCUGGAACCCGACAAAGUGGCAACUAAACUUAUGGACGGAAUACUUUGCAACCAAAAAAUGAUUUUUCUUCCACCGUUUGUGAAAUGUAGUCUACUGCUGGAAAGAAUUUUGCCAGAGCGUGCCUUGCUGGCUUUGAACAAGACAAUGAAAGUAAAAUUUGAUGCAGUUAUUGGAUGCGAGAGAAAAGAAGAUUAAGUAAAUACUUGCCUUCUAGGGGUAGUCUAGAGGGACUCCCAAGAGUCUGCUCUUCAGAAGUUUGAUUAAUUCCAAUAUGUGAUAGUGCUUCUUAGCAUACUUUUUAAAGAUAAUCCUUAACCUCUAAAAGGAAUAUCAUGUACUUCUCCUCCAAUAUAUAUAUUAAAAUUAUGAAUACA